AGAAUUAAAUUAAUAAAUCUCUUAGAUAUUAAUCCGUUAUUAUAACAAAAGCUUACAUAACAGUGUUUAUAUUGCUCAAUAAAUUAAUAAUACAAUUGAAAAUGGAUGAAAUUAUUGAAAUAGCUCCCUUGGAAAGUGUACCAAGACCGGAGGAAAUUCAGGUCUCGCCAUCAUGUUGGCGUUGUCAUGAAGAUGCGGAAAAAAAAAAACUCUUAUGCCUAUGUGAGUGUAGAGAAGUUCGUCAAACAAAUACAGUUAUACACGUUCAUUGUAUGGAGGAAAUGGCAAAUACUCAAAACAUAAAUUAUUGCCCAUCUUGUUUCGCUAAAUAUCCAUUACGAAGACAGCGCCAAACAGUAUCAAAUCUUCGGAACGUUCAUGACGCUUUUCUUAUGAUAAUAGUUAUGUUAGUUAUAUAUUUAAUACUUGGUGGUCUAUUGAUUUUGUUGGUAAAAGGCCGGAAUACUCAUCCGUUAUCCAUUUUUAUGAAAAUCGUCGCCAUAUUCGUAUAUGUUUUGUUUAUUUUGCGUCAAGACAUAACAUAA